UAUGGUGGAUCGUCUUCGAUAAAAUCGAGUGUUAAACUUUUUGACUAUUUUUGAAGRGUUCUACAUCAACGAUGGCUGAUAAAAUAAAGAAGGGUAAAAAGCGAAAAUGGAAGGAGGUUUCUAUCGACAAUCCAGCGUUUUUUAGUGGAAAUAUGGAGGGUUUUGUGUCGCUUGAAGAGUGUUUUGACUACWGUCUGGACGUGAACGACGAAGGCUCACGUGUUUUGAAAGUCAAUGAAUCAACAGAAAGGAAAAAGACCAAGAAAGAAUGUGAGRCUAAAAAGAAAAAGAAAAGAAAGAAGAAGAAAUCAAGGGUUUCUGAGGAGACUGUCGAAAAUACAGUAGACAGGGAACCCGAACAASAAGAAACAGCUGWGCAGCACGAGGGUGGCGAUGACAGUGUUGAUCAAGACGUUUCUGUAGACAUGAGUGAAUGGACAGGCCUUGGAGUUUCUAAUGAUGUGCUGCAAGCUCUAAGUGAGCAGGGUUUUACGCAACCAACUGCUAUUCAAUCUCUUGCCAUUCCUCCUGCAAUAUUGCAUCAUAGAGACAUCAUCGGUGCUGCGGAAACUGGUUCUGGUAAAACACUAGCAUUUGGUAUUCCUAUAAUACAUCAUAUCAUGGCUUCAAAAAACUCUCAAGUCACAACAGAAGAAGAAAAUGCUGAGGAUAAACCUGUUACAUCAAAACCUUUAAAAGCUCUCAUCAUGACACCGACUCGUGAAUUGGCUUUACAGAUCAAAGACCAUUUGGUGUUGGCCACUAAACAUACCCCAAUCAAGGUUGCCGCAGUUGUUGGAGGAAUGGCAGCACAGAAGCAACAAAGAAUCCUUAAACAGCAACCAGAGAUUGUUGUUGCAACACCUGGUAGACUUUGGGAGCUUAUUUCAACUAAUGAAGAUCAUGUCAGUGAAUUAAGAAACCUAAGAUACCUGGUUAUUGAUGAGGCUGAUAGAAUGGUUGAACAUGGCCAUUUCCAAGAACUCUCCUCUAUUUUAGACCACAUCCAUAUGAAAAAGAGUGAAGAUAAGUUUGACAGCUGCUUUCCAGAUGAUGAUAAAAAGACAAAAAAAGUGCCACCAAGUGCAAGGCUGCAAAAGUUUGUGUUCUCUGCUACACUAACUUUGCCAAAGUCAUUCAAGAYAAGAGGAAAAGAAACCACAGUUUCGAGAGAAGAACUGCUUGUUUCUCUUAUGGACAAGAUGAAGAUGGACAAGAAAAAGUCCAAAGUGGUUGAUGUGACCACAAAGAAAGGAACAGUAGAGACAUUAACUGAAGCAAAACUGACUUGUACAAAGGAAGACAAGGAUUCAUAUUUGUAUUAUUUCCUCCUGAAAUACCCUGGCAGGACUCUUGUCUUUACCAACACUAUUGAUUGUAUAAGACGAUUGACAUCCAUCUUGCGACUCCUGAAACUUAACCCUCUACCUCUACAUGCCAACAUGCAACAAAGACAGAGACUUAAGAAUUUGGACAGGUUUAAAUCAUCAGCGACAGGUUUACUAGUGGCAACAGAUGUGGCUGCCAGAGGUUUAGACAUUCCUAAAGUACAACAUGUUAUCCACUAUCAAGUCCCUAAGGAUCCUGAAGUGUACAUACAUCGUAGUGGACGUACUGCAAGAGCUUCACARGAAGGUCUCAGUGUUGUUUUAGUUGGACCAGAUGAUAUUACAUCUUACAGAAAGAUUAUGAAAACUCUAAACAAAGGUGAAGAUUUGGAAUCAUUUCCAGUUGAUAUACCUUACUUCUCGGAUGUAAAAUCCAGAACAUCACUAGCACGACAGAUUGAUAAAGAAGAAAACAAGAUUAACAAGAAGAAAUCCUCUAAUGACUGGUUUAUCUCCUCUGCUAAAGCAAUGGACAUUGAAGUUGAUGAGGACCUACUUGAGGAUAUAGGAGAUUCAACAGAAAGAAGAAAACAACAAAAGAAGCUGGAACAAAUGAAAGCAUCUCUGACAGCCAUGGUUAAAGCACCUGUGUUACCUAAGGGAUUUAGUGGCAAAUUCCCAACAAAGAGUGGCAAACUAGUUGUACCUGGAUUACAAGACGAGUUAUCCAAUGAACUGCAUGCCGCAAAAGCAGCCGUAGAUAAAGUCAAGAAGAAGAAGAAAACAAGAAAAUGAAAUAAUAGAUUUUAUUACUGGAAAUAGUAAAUGCACUUCUAAUCCUAUUAAAUAUUYUACACUUGUUA